AUGCUCGGAAAUCCUUAUCCAAAGGAAUUCGGGGCAUUCGACGAGGAGGGGCUCGGUGACCCUCUUGGAGAGUUUAGCAACCUAUCCACUUUCAAUUUGCUCGAAUUCGUCCAUAACGACAACACGCCAUUGGAUAGUCCUGAUCCUGGCCGCCACGCACAUCAUCCCAAUAACGACAGAAACAACGUUCAAGGCAUCGGACACAACCAGCAACACAAUUCUCACGCUAUGUUUCAGAAUGCCACUCGUCUGCCGGAUUCGCCACCGAUAACGGACAUUUCCGGUGCCGGUUCAUCGGGCUCCCCUGAAAGCAAUUCUGACGCACCAUAUUCGCCGGAGAACUAUCCGAACUAUGUCGGUAUUCACAGUAAUCUGAACAACAACAAUAACGGUCUGAUUCUUGGUGUACCGGGCAUGAUGGCUCACGAACUUCAUCAGUCGUCUCAUGGUCCGGUCAGUCAUCCGAUGACAUCACCACAGAAUGCGUGCUUCAUGAGCCCAUAUCCGCCAAGUCAGCCGACUCCUGGUAGUCUGCCACAGGUGUCACCACCAGUAUCCAAUGGACGUCAUGACAAUCAGCAGUACAUUGUGAACAACGGCUACAGUGCUGGAUUGUUCAACAUUCUGAACGUGUCCAGCGAAGGCAGUAUCAAUAGCCAAGUUAGCGAAGCUCCAAGAAAACGUGCUCGCACUGAUAAUCAGUUGCUCGAUCCGCCAAAGUUUCUACCAGCUUUCCCGAGCGUUGGACAAGCACCAGUGGCUGCCAGUCCCAUCGACUGCAGCUAUCAGGAUGAGAAUUUCUCGCAACAGGUGGAUGUGUGUGACGUUAUCAUAAACUCUAUCCAUCUACUAGUGAUUUCACCUAUCGUACCAAUUCAAGGUUAUCAAGUUCUCGAUGUUCCAAGAAGAGCUAUGGAAUCCGCUCUACGAUAUCAACCAUCAGCAGCUGACCAAACUCAAGAUUUGCGUCGUAGCCGACAAGGGCUUCAAUUACUCGAACUCGGAUGGCUGUUUUGUCAACCAGAAGAAGAAUCACUUCCAGGUACUUUAAGUCCGCACUUCAGCCUUGCUGACUGCUCUACUACUGUACGCUUUCAGAUCUCGGUGAAUAUCGAGGCGAACGAUGAGAAUCCGCCGAAAUUCGUCAAAGUGAACGGCGUGAUGCAUCCGAUCAAAGCCAUCAAACUGGCCUUUUGUGGUGUCAAAGCUGAAAUGCUGUCAUCUGAAAUUCAAAUCAAGCAAUCACAAACCGAUCGUAAACCAAUACCGCACGAUCCUGUCAUACUGAACAUCCACGCUCGUGAAAUCACCAAGGUGACCGUACCAAGACUGCAUUUCUCCGAGACGACGCUCAACAACCAGAGAAAGAACAAUCGACCAAAUCCCGAUCAGAAGUACUUCCUGCUUGUCGUACGUCUGUUAGCCUGCACCGACGAGGGUGUGGCUCUCAUUCAAGCUCAACAAUCGGAGAAAGUCAUUGUUCGGGUAUGUUUUUGUACACAAUUCACAUCAUAUAACACAUUUAUUGCAAGCAAAACUCAAGAAUACAUGUGA